AUGCAUCACGUUGAGGCAGUUUUGCACUUACGUUUCCAAAAUAGCAUGAUGGUUACCUGUUCUAAGGAUCGUUCAAUAGCAGUUUGGGGUAUGAUUUCUCCACGUGAAAUCAACCCUCGGGUGAUCGUACAAUUAAAGUUAUGGGAUAUUGAAAUAGGCGCUUGUCUAAGAGUUCUGGAAGGUCAUGAACAACUAGUUCGUUGUAUUCGAUUCGACUCGAAACGUAUUGUUUCUGGUGCUUAUGAUGGACGAAUCAAAGUUUGGGAUCUUCAAGCAGUAAUGAAUCCGCGUUCUCCACCAGAUAGUAUAUGCUUGUUAACAUUGGUGGAGCACACAGGUCGAGUUUUUCGUCUGCAGUUUGAUGAAUUUCAAAAUCUUCCCAUGAUGACACGGUACUUAUUUGGGAUUUCCUUGAGCCGCAGCCUAAAACUCAUGCAUUGGAAGGCACACUUCAGCAGACUUCAGGGCCUGCUGCUGUGCCAAGUGCUGAUAAUGCAGCACAAGUACCGAACGUUGGUGGAGUACCUCAGGUUGAUCAGCAGAAUUUAGAAGAUUCUGAAAACGAUGAUGAUGUAGAUGAUGUGAUACGACAGCGACAGGUGCCAAUGGAAGUUGUUGAACUUGCGGCCUUAAAUGAAAGGGAUAGGGAGAAUAACAGUCCGUUAGAACAUGAUGGAGAAUAUGAACAAAGGCGUCGUGACGCUGACGCUAGGAUUUAA